AUGCCAGCUCAGCAGAAGAAAAUCAUCUUUUGCAUCGCCGGGGUGCUGAGCUUCGCCUGUGCCCUGGGGACGGCGGCGGCCGUGGGCACACAGCUGUGGGUGAAGGGGACGAUACUCUGCAAGACGGGAGCCCUGCUCGUCAACGCCACCGGCCAGGAGCUGGAGAAGUUUAUUGGCAAAAUCCAGUAUGGGCUUUUCUACGGCGAGCGCGUGAGACAGUGCGGGCUCGGGGGGAGACCUUUCCAGUUUUCAUUUUUUCCAGAUUUGCUCAAAAUUAUCCCUGCCAGUAUCCAUGUUAGUGUCAUUCUCUUCUGUACAGUACUGAUCGUCUUUGCUCUGGUGGGAGCAGGUUUCUUCAUGUUCAAUGCUUUUGGCAGCCCUUACGAAACCCUGCACGGCCCCAUCGGGUUGUACCUCUGGAGCUUCAUUGCCUGUUCCUGUGGCUGCCUCAUCAUGAUUCUCUUCUCUUCAGAAGUGAAAAUCCACCACCUUUCAGAGAAAAUUGCUAAUUUCAAAGAGGGAAGUUUUACAUUCAAGACUCAUAGUGAACAGUUUGCAAAUUCAUUCUGGAUCAUCCUGGUUUGCUCCCUGGUGCACUUCCUGAACGCCUUGCUAAUACGAUUUGCUGGAUUUGAAUUUCCCUUUUCAAAAUCAAAAGAUUCUGGGACAAUCACUGGAGCAGCUGACCUGAUGUAUUAGAAUUCCAUAACUGAAGAACAUUUCAAGCAAAAAGGUUCAUCACUACUUCAUCCAACCACCACCAGACGUACUAACUUGUAAAUUAUUAGCUCUAGAGAAGUUCUAAAAAGUUAAGGUUUCAAACAAACAUCAAUAUGGCAUAUGCAGUAAACAAAAGCAGACACGCUGUUUGGUAAUGUCUAGAUGAAAAUAACCUUCUCUUCCUUGGGGUAAGACCUUAUGAAGACAUCUGCCUUUUUUUCCAGUGAGUUAUUUGGAAAGUAGCUGGUAUGAAGAAAACUAGGAAUAUCAAUAGCAUUGAACUGAGUCUGGGAAGUAAAAGAAAUGGGUUGCAAUGGAGGCACAGACUAUCACCAGCACCUUUAGACCUUGUGAAGGCAAGGAUG